CAAACACUGCACCAGUAAAACGUCGCCAGCAUACCCGCAAAGUGCUCGAAACCUGACAUUCCCCAUUUCUCGACAUUGAGCCCAAUAAUCCCGGAGUGUUCUAACCUCCCCGAGUGCGUGAUAACCGCCCCGCGACUCCCCUAACCGCAGUGAAACGAUCAUCACCUCGUGAAUCAUAAAAAAACCCCUCCCCCAACAGACCCCUGGCCUUGAUGGCUAGCCCCCUCACCUGACACGAAUCCUCACCCUCCGCUGCACUGAUCUCCCUCCCACCCCCGAGAGAUGACCCCCCAGUAACCGAUCACCAUCGAACCCACCCCACGAGGAUGAUGGAGCUGAGUCACAGUCUGACCCUGAACGAGGCCGCCCUGGACCAGAUUCCGGAGGCGAAGCGUCCAGUAUUCGUCUUCGAGUGGCUGCGUUUCCUGGACAAGGUCCUGGUGGCAGCGCAGAAGAACGACAUAAAGGGCUGCCAGCAGAAGCUGGUGGAGCAGUUGACGCGCCACAUGCAGGGCGCCCCAGGACCCCCAACUCGAAGACUGAUAGCGAGAUGCCUGGCCACCCUCUUCAGCGUCGGCGACACCUUCCUCCUCUUCGACACAGUCAACAAGUGCAACGACAUCCUGAAGAACAAGGACGACUCCCCGAGCUUUCUCCCCACGAGAUUGGCAGCGAUCUGCUGUGUUGGUGCCAUGUACGAGAAGCUGGGGAGAAUGAUGGGAAGAUCCUACGAGGAGACUGUUCAGAUCCUGAUAAAAUCCCUGCGCUCAGCUGAGUCCCAGUCGAGAAUUGAGAUAAUGCACACAUUGGAGAAGGUCUGUGCAGGAAUGGGAACGGCAAUAACGAAUGUUCACAAAGAGAUCUACAAAGUGUCGAAGCAAUCGCUGACAGACAGAGUGAUGGCUGUGAGAUGUGCAGCUGCCAAAUGCCUGCUGGAGAUGCUGAAUCACGCGCCCUUCCUCUACACGAGUGAGAUCGAGAGCAUGGCGACUCUGUGCUUCAGAGCAUUCGAGGGCUCCAACUACGAGGUGCGAUGUGCAGUGGCCAAAUUACUGGGAACCCUAGUGGCAAUGACUCAAUUACCACCGCCAAAGGGGAAGAACAUGGGGGCCCAGAGUAAAUCGAUGAAACCAAUAUCCCUGGACGAAGUAUUGAAUAUUCUCAUGUCUGGCUUCCUGCGGGGUGGUGUGGGAUUUCUCAAGGGGACUGGCGAGAUAAUCAAGGGCAGCUCGGGGGUGAAUAGAGAGGUGAGAGUCGGUGUCACCCACGCUUACGUCGUAUUCGUGCAGAUCCUGGGGGGUGUGUGGCUGGAGAGAAACAUCGGGCCAAUUGUGGCACACGUCCUGGACCUCGUUGCCAACCCCAAGGCCGCGAGUUCUCACGUCGACGCAGUUUACUCCCGAAAGUGCAUAAAUUUCAUCCUUCGAGGGACCAUCGGGAAGCUCCUGGGGGAGGGGGCACAGGCAGCCGCCUGCAAGGAGACAGCUCACGUCAUUCUCAAGCAGAUGAACUCCAUUGACUUCAAUCCUGAGAAUGCCAAGGACUGCAAUCAGGAGACUCUCUUCAGCCAGCACUUGCUAGUGUGCGCACUCCAGGAGAUGGGGAAUUUGGUGCUGGGCCUGGGGACCACUGCCUCGAAUCUCCUGGUGGAGCCUUCGUUGAACUUGAUUGACACGACUCUGGCGGUUCUCGUUCAUCCUUGUCAGGCAGCGAGGCUGGCUGCUGCCUGGUGCCUCAGGUGCAUCUGCGUUGCUGUGCCCAGUCAGAUCACUCCUCUGAUCGAUCGCUGUGUCGAGGGGAUCGAGAAUAUGCGGAGCUCACCGGAGGCUAUUGCUGGCUACAGUGGGGCGUUGGCUGCUGUUCUGGGGAGUGUGAGGCUCUCACCUCUGGGGGUGCCUCACACCAAGGGCAAGAUCAUUUUUAAUACUGCUGAGGAGCUGCUGAGGAGUGCCAGCCAGAACAGCAGGCUCUCUUUGAAUAGAACUCAUGCUGGCUGGCUCCUCAUUGGGGCCAUCAUGACUCUGGGGACUGCUGUGGUCAAGGGCCUCCUUCCCAGGAUGCUCCUCCUCUGGAGGAACUCAUUCCCCAGGUCCACCAAGGAGUUGGAGAGCGAAAAGGCCAGGGGGGACGCCUUCACCUGGCAGGUCACUCUCGAGGGCAGGGCUGGGGCUCUCUCAGCUAUGCACAGCUUCCUCCUCCACUGCCCUGAACUACUCAAUGACGACAUCACCAGGAGACUCCUCACACCCAUCGAGUCCGCUCUGGCAAUGCUCACUAAUUUAUCUCCUGUUCUCAAGAAUUAUGGACAACAGCUGAAAGCUCCCACAGCCAUGGUCAGGCUCAGAUUGUACGAGACACUUUUAUUACUUCCUCCACAAACUUUCGAGGGGUCUUACACGCAUCUACUGAGGAUGCUUGUCUCGGAGUUCACACUGACGGAGAAUCCCGGGAAUACCACCACUUCGCUAUUGAGGAUUGUGUGUCAUGCCAAUGAUUCGGUUAUUUUGGGGACUUGGCUGCAGGAAACCGAACAUCGGACUAUCGAGGAUCAGAUGGAACCAUGUCGAAGAUCAGACGUCGAACACUUGCAACCAAACAGUGCAGCAGGUUCAGGUGCCCUGGAGCACAACGCCUGCUGUCUCUACCGGCCGGUCCCCUCAGACGAGAUAAUCCCGGGUCCCCUCCCCCUCGGCGUCGCCGUGAUCGACCUCUCGGUCUCCCUCUUCGGCCAAAUAUUCCCCCGCGUGGCCAACAAACACCGUCUCCAGAUGCUGGACCACUUCGGCGAAUGCAUAAAGCACGCGAAAUCGGGUCGUCAAGAGGCGAUUCAAAUGAACGUCUUCACAGCGGUCCUGAGUGGCCUGAAAGGUCUGAACGAGGCUAAAACGGGCUUCGGUCAGGAGGACGUGAAGAAGUUGGCGACAAAUCUGAUAAUAAGCACACUGAUAAGCGGCAACUCGAUCCUCCGCUGGGCAGCCGGCGAGGCAGUGGGUAGACUGGCCCAAGUGAUCUCUGACCCAAAGUUCACAGCCGAACUGGCGCAGACGAGUUUCGAUCGUUUGAAAUCGGCCCGCGACGUGGCCAGCAGAACCGGUCACUCGCUGGCCCUGGGCUGCCUCCACAGAUACGUGGGUGGUAUGGGCUCCAGCCAGCACCUCAACACAAGCGUCAGCAUUCUCCUGGCCCUCGCCCAAGACAACUCAUCCCCAGUGGUUCAAGUCUGGGCGCUGCACGCCCUCGCCCUGAUAGCCGACUCAGGGGGCCCCAUGUUCCGUGGCUACGUCGAGCCCACCCUCUCCCUCAUCCUAACUCUCCUGCUGAACGUCCCCCACUCUUACAUAGACGUCCACCAGUGCAUAGGAAAGGUCCUCUCGGCGUUGAUCACAACAAUAGGCCCAGAACUCCAGGGCAACACGUCCUCCAUCUGCAUGGCCCGCUCCUCAUUCCUCUGCGCUUGUGCAAUAAUGCAGGACCACCAGGAUCCCCUCGUCCAGGCGGAGGCCACCGGUUGCCUCCAGCAACUCCACCUCUUCGCACCCCGUCACGUCAAUCUGUCUUCUCUCGUGCCAAACCUCUGCCGUACACUAUCCAGCAAUCACUUGUUGCUGAGAAAGGCGGCGAUAUCAUGCCUCAGACAACUGGCGCAACGAGAAGCCAAGGAGGUAUGCGAGCACGCUAUGAGUCUUGCUAAUGAGAGCAGGGACACCAACAUGGUGGAGGGUCUGACCAUCACCGAGACCGGCCUCCCCGGGGUCCUCUUCAGCAUGCUUGACACAGAAACCGAUAGUGCACUGAUCAAAGAUAUUCAUGACACGUUGACAAGCAUGCUGCAGAUGCUAGCUGCUGACAAUUUGUCCCAGUGGUUGUCCCUCUGCAAAGACGUUCUCACUGUUGCUUCCGAGUCCAGCACACCUGACGAAGCUGCUGCUGUGGCCACAGAGGACUCCGCUGGGGACAACGACUCAGCGGAUGCCGAGGGUGACGAUGAUCAAGCCGAAUUCCAUGCUGACGAGUCUAAACAACGGCCAAGUGUCUCGCCGAGAUGGCCGACAAGGGUCUUCGCUGCUCAGUGCAUAAGACGAAUAAUCGCGACUUGCAUGAACAAUAAACAAGCGCACUUCGAUCUGGCCGUCGCCAAGGAGCUCCAGCAGAUCAAGGGACGAGGGGAUUACCUCGUCCUUCAUCUGUCUGAUCUAGUGAGAAUGGCGUUCAUAGCUGCGACCAGUGACUGCGAUCCCCUGCGUUUGGAGGGGCUUCAGACCCUCCAAGACAUCAUCGAGAAGUUCGCCAAAGUCCCCGAGCCCGAGUUCCCAGGGCACCUGCUGCUGGAGCAGUUCCAAGCGCAGGUGGGAGCCGCCUUGAGGCCGGCCUUCUCAGCGGACACAGCGUCACACGUGACCGCAGCUGCCUGCGAGGCCUGCAGCGCCUGGAUCGGCAGUGGGGUUGCACGAGACCUCAACGAUCUCCGAAGGGUUCAUCAGUUGCUGGUGUCUUCAUUGGAGAAAUUGCGAGAGGGAAACACUCGUCCCCAACUGUACAACGAGAGCCUCUCGACCCUCGAGAGACUCGCCAUCCUCAAGGCGUGGGCAGAGGUCUACGUCGUCGCCAUGAUCAACGAGGGAACAGCUCCGAGUACUUUGGAGAAAAACAGAAACUCCAAUUUAACCGAGUCGGACGAUCUCUUCGGGCAGUUUGAGUCGCAGAACGAGAGUCUGCUGAGCCUCGUUCAACCGGAGCUUUUGAGCCUGAGUCAACACUGGCUGGCAGCCCUCAGGGAUCACGCCUUGCUGUCACUGCCUCCUGAAUUCUCAAGUCAAUUGCCUCACGAUGGAGGCGCCUUCUACACGACUGAUACCAUGGAGUCAGCGAGACCUUAUUACGCCAAGUCCUGGGCGCCGAUCCUCCACGCAGCCACAUUGUGGCUCAACGCCAGAGGCUUCAACGUCGAUGACACCACUGAUGUCAGCCAGGCUUCAACACCCAACAACAACAGGGGCAUCACUGGCGUCAACAACAACUCCGACAACACCAAAUCCGACUUCAACAUCGAACGUUUCCACCUGCUGUUUGGGAUCUGCAUGGAGGCUCUGUGCAGCCCAAGAUCAUCGGAGUCAAGCCAGAACAUCGAGACCUGUCUGAACGCACUGUACACGCUAUUGGACUCUUCUUGGACGAGAGAGGUCUUCACGAGGGACUCGACCCUCUGCAUCGAGCUCUGUAAUGUUCUCCACAGGUUGAUCCUCACGAGGGAGAGCUUCGUCAUCCAGAGGAUGUCCAUGGAGGUAUUGAAGCAGGUGAUGAAGGCGACCCAGGAGUGCCUGAACGAGAGGAAGAAGAAGAAACUCAAGGAGAUGGUGCCUGCUAAUCAGGAGAGUAAAGACACUGCUGAAUUGGAUCUUCUUGGCGAAGGGGGCGAUGGGGAGCUCGUGCCAGGGGAGUCCCUCGUCUUUGCCAUUGUCGAGGUGUGCUUGUGUCUCUUAGUGAGACAGAUACCCGCGUUGAACCCCAAUCCUGAUGGCGCCACUGCGAUCCUCUCGCAGAGGGGAUUUCUCCUCACUGAAGAGAGUGGCAAGCUCAUUGCCUCGGCGCUGAGUGUCAUGGAGUCACUGCCCAGUCUCUGCGCACCUCAGGGCGCCCUUUCCAUUCUACCGACCCUGCUGUACCUCACCACUGGGGUCAUUCACGAAAUCGGGGUGCGCGCUGACAAUCAGAAUGCUAGAGUCACGACUGAUGUGUCGAUUCACGCUGCUCUGCACUGCCUCAAGUGCCUCAUCACUGAUAAAUACGCGAGGGAUGAGAGGUGUCGAGAGCAGUACACCAGUCUUCUUCAGAGUGCACUUGCUAAGAUCGUCGAUCUUGCCAAGACUGGGGACGACGGGGGCAAGAUGGACGAGGUCACCAUGAUGCUGGGGAUCGGGGUCUUCGUUCUUCAUGCUGUGCCGGAGGUCGUCAGUGCGCCUAAUCUACUGUUUCCAUGCAUCAAUCACUUCAGGCAGGCCAUGCAGUCCAAUAAUACAGUUGUCAAACUCAAGUGCGUGCAGACACUGAAGACGAUUUUUUUGUACCCUGAGAAGAGCAUCAGUACGCCGUACAUUCAUGCACUGGCACCCAGAAUUGUUGAGUAUUUGUACAGCGACAGGAGUCAGGUGGUCGAGGGGGAGGUCGAGCUGUCGUACACGCUCGAGUGCGUUGGGACUAUUGAGGCUCUGAUCGCUCUCGCUGAACCCGGAAAUCGAGAUUUGAUGCAAGGGAUACAAAUGCUGACUCUACUAGUUCCGAUAUUAAUAAAUUAUCUACUGGAUGAAAAUAAACUGCAGCGAGGAAGCAAGUAUCAAGUUACACUUCAUCAGCAGAGUUUCCAGUGGUUGAGUAAAAUAGGUCCGAAAUAUCCACAAGAAUUCAAAACACUGAUGUCACAAUCAACGGAACUGAAGACUAAAUUGGAGAAUGCUGUGCGUUUGAGCCAUCAACAGGCACAACGGCACAAUAAACAUCCGGAUACAUUGAAAACAAUCAACAAAACAGCGACUCCGUCUAUUAAACUGAAGACAGACUUUUCAAAUUUCAAUUGAAAUGGGUGAAAUAGGCCAUUGAAUUAGUGAUAUUAGAGUUAAUUUAGGAGAUCAUCUGAUUUUUUCUAUGUCCUGAUUUUUCAUCGCAAUGGAGGGAACAAAUGUUGUAUUUUGCAGGAAAACGUUUGUACAGAGUAUUUAGGCGUUACGUCAAGGACUGAAUCACUAAAGUUUUUUCCAUAUUUUUUGCUGAUUUACACACGAAAAAUAAUUAUUUAGGAGGGGAAAUAAAUUAUUCAAGAUUUAUUCAUAAUUUUGGUCAGUUGAUGGGUGACCACUUGGCAAUAUGAAAACACGUACGAAGAAAUUUCGUGGAAAAUCCAGCGAAUUCGUUAGAAAAUUCUUUCUAUUAGUUUUUGGUCGAUUCUAUUAAAAUA